UAUUUUCAAAAUAGAGAAAUCGUCAAAUAAUUUAAAAAAAUCUAUUUUUAUUCAUUCACCCCUCUUUCAUGGAGACAUUUGAUUUCUCAGGCGAUCAGGAUCGCCCUCUAAUAGAAUAUCAAUCGAUUUCAUCGCAAUGUUCCGAGGAGAUAAUAGAACGUCCUGAACGUUUACACGAAUGGUUGAAAGCGCAUGAAAUCGAACAGUUGCAUGAACGUUUUGUGGUGAAACACAAGCUAAGCUAUGACGAAUUGCGUGAAGAAUUGGAAAAUCUCAAUAUCACCUUUAACGACUUGGAAUAUCAGCGAUUGUUUUUGAAAAUCAAUCAAAAUCGUGAUUUCAAAUGUGAUUGGAAUGAAUUUGUAUCGUAUUUGAUAUUUGGUUUUCAAGAUGAUGAUCCGGCCGGGCAGAAGGAGGCUUUGACCUUGCCCAUAUCUUCGCCACCAAUUGUGAGGAAAUCGGAACAUAAGUCGACUGUUUGUUGUAUAAGUUUAAUGAAAGUGUGUUCGGAUUAUUUGUUGAAUGAGGCAGAGGAGCCGGAGAAGUCUGAGGAAGCGGAGGGUAACGCCAGUGGUGAUGAUGAUGAAGAUCUGGAUGAAGAGGCCCUAGAAUUGAAACGUAAAUUGGCCAGUUUGUCGGUGAAUGAUACACCGGAUAAUACCGGGGUUUGGAUAACCGGAAGUAAGGAGGGCCAGAUACGUUUUUGGACGCCAAACUUGGAGCCACUGCGCAGUGGCAUGUCGGAGAGCAUCCACUUAAAAAUGUCCACCUGGAUUUUGGCAGUGCAGGCCCUUUCAGAUGUCAGCAUUGUUUGUACCUCCUCCACAGAGCGAGAAUUACGUUUCCAUGAAACCAUAGCCUCCACCUUUACUCUGCGGAUUGUAGUGCGCAGCAUGCCCUUUGCCGUAUGCUGUAUGUCCUACAGCUUCUAUCCGAAUGGGCGAACCAAUUCUCGCCUCAUACUAGGAGAUUAUGGUGGCAAUGUUCGCAUUUUAGAAUUUAAUCCCCAUUUAAGAGGACCAUUUCAAUCGAAACCUGGUGCGGCAUUAGUUGAAGUCUUUUGGUCGGAUAUACUCAAGGGAAAACUUCCCCAGUUCAUUGUCCAUGAAUAUGCCAACAUCCACAGCGAACUUAUCCAACAGACUUUCUAUUCGAUGCGUUUGAAUUCUUUAUUCUCAGCUGCCGAAUAUCGCAAUACCAAAAAAUAUCGCGGACGAUGUCCAGGCCUCAUUGUGGCCAAUGGGGAGGAGAGAACGAUUUUUCGUAUACCAUUGGGCGUCACUACAUUCUUUGUGGAUGAGAAGAACAAUAUUGUGGUGACCGGUGGGCCAGAUACUUUUGUACGUAUCUGGGAUGUCUAUAUACCCAGUGAACCCUCGGGAAUUUUGACUGGACACAAUGGCGGAAUUGUUAUGGUUUUUGUGCAAUCCGAUGAGAAGAAAGUUUACAGCGUGGACUAUCAGAAAAUCAUCAAAGUUUGGGAUCUCACGGAACAUGUGCUACUGCAGACCUAUGGCGAUUUGGUACGUCUGGUGCCAGGGGAAACAGAUUUGGCCUAUUAUUAUCACACUCACAUGCGAGUGCUGUUGGUGGGUGGUAGGAAACUUGUAGGGGUGAAAUGUAAUCCACGGGUGAGAGUUGAUCUUACCGAUGGCAAUACCCAUGCUGCCCCGGUUUCGGUUGUGUUAUAUAAUCGCCUCUUUCGAAAUGUGGUAACAUGUGGCCUGGAUAGUUAUAUCAUUGUUUGGGAUCCAUGGACGGGACGAAGGAAGAUUAUAAUGAAAAAUUGCCACACUAAGCAGAUGUAUGGGGAGAACAUUGACAUCGAAAUUACGGCGGCAUGCUUUGAUCCGCUGGAGCAAUUUUUGUUGACUGGGGCGCGAGAUGGCUCGCUGAAAAUAUGGAACUAUAAUAAUGCAGUGUGCAUUAGGAACAUGAGCAUAAAGGCGGAGCAUGAGGUCACCGCAGUCAUAUGGGUGGUGGAGAGAAUCCUAGCCGUGGGCUGGGACAUGCAGGUCACCGAAUUCAACGAUGUCGAGGGUCGUGAAUAUGGUGAUGCCAAAAAAUGGCCCAUGUUCCAUACGGACGACAUAACCUGUGCUGAUGUCAAGCUUGGGGAGGGUGUAAUAACGGCCACCUAUUCGGGUGAAUUGAUAUUUUGGAAAUUGGAAACUGGUCAACCCUAUCGCCGUUACAAUGUUGCUACUCCGGAAAAAUUUAUCGAAUUAAAAUAUCGGCGCAAAGAGGAUGAGGACGAAGGCGAAGAUGAUGAGGAGACACGUCGUGCCAGUGAGAGGCGAAGACAAUCCUAUCAUGUUAGUAUAUCACGUUAUGUUCGCAAAUCAAUAUCCGAUCGAAUUCGGGAGCUGGAAAAGAAACAAACUAAGAGGGAGCGAUUUAAGGGUCGACGUUUAAGGGAGGCCGAUGAAGGGGAGGCAGUGUAUUUAGAACAGCAAAGCGAACGCAAUGAAACUUUGCCCAUGUCUGUGCAGGCGGUAUUGUUUCUACAGACCCGGCCCAUGACCAAGGAGCAUGGCAGCGUUUUUGUUUCCCUGGAAACGGGAGUUAUACAAAUCUAUUCCCACCACCAUCACGGCGGCUACUUGGAUCAGUUCAAUGCCAUUCAUAAAACCGGUGAUUGUGUGCUGUCCAUGGCCACAGAUCGCAAGAAUCGCUACCUUUUCAAUGGCACCGCUUUUGGAUACAUCAAGAUUUGGUAUAUUGAGAACUUCGGGAUACCGGAAAAGGAUAAAGUGAAAGUUAACAUGCCAUUGUUGCGGUUACAGUUCAUAUUUUUGCGAAAUGACAGAUUUCUAACGAGAUCCAAGAGAGCAGUACGUCAUCAGACGGAGCCAAUGCUGGUUAGCUCCUACAAGGGGCAUUUGAAGGCCAUCAAUUCGAUUGCCUAUAUAAAUCAGACGAAAAUUUUAAUAACAGGUAGCCACGAUUGCUCCUGUCGUUUAUGGUCACUGGGUGGACGUUAUUUGGGCACCUUGGGUUCACCAUUGCCCUGGAUGAAAAUAUCCCCCUUCGAGUCAGUUGAGGAGAAAUAUGAGAAGUUUCGCAUGCCACCGGACAUAAAAAAGGUGGCCAGCUCAACAACCAUGAAAGUCAUUACCGGUCAACAAUUGGAUACUUUCCCAAUGUCAUUGGCAAAGGAAGAAAAAACUCCAUCGGAUACAAAAGAUGAUGAUGAAGAGGACGAGGAAAAGGAUAACAUUUCCCGAAUGUAUGGCAAAUCGUUGCGUGCCCCAAUUCUGGGUAAACAUUUCCAAUUGCCUGGUCGCAGUGCAGUAGAGCAGCGCAUAGAUUUGGAUAUAACUGCGUCUUAUAUUCCCGUCUUUACUCAUCUGAAAAUUCAUGAGGCCAAUGAGUUGACCAGGCCAUCAACACCACCUUCGAUUAGGCGGGUAGCCACCGAAAAUUAUAUGGAGUUCUAUGAACCCAAAUCGCGAGGAGAUAGAGAUCUUCAAGGAGGCGCGACAGAUCGGCGUGAUAGUCUACGAGAUGUAGAUCCAUUGAAGUCAAGACGGCAUUCAGUCGGGGUUAAACCAACUGUGGCCUUUGGACCGAACGAGGAAAGGGGAGUGGAAUGAAAUGGAAUUUAUGUUGUUUUGUAAAUAUAUUUGUUGUUGGUUUUUUGGAA